UAACAAUGCAAAUAAAUACAAUGUAUUGUGGCUGGUUUUUAUGAGAAAUAAGAUUUAGUGGAGUUUAAAUUUUCAUAUUUGUUUAUUUUUGAGAAGUAUGUAAAACAAGAGUUUUUAACAUUUUUUCUAAAAUAUAUAAUAUAUUUGUGAAAAAACGCAAUACUGGAAAAUCACGUAAUUUGAUGAAAAUAAAUUAUAUUUUUAUGUUUAUGUCAACAAAAUAUAGUGGCGUUUUUUAUUCGUAGAGAAAUACAUAUUGUGUAUAUCAUAUAUACUUAGUGCUUAAAUUUGAAAAUUUUAUUGUGUGUGAAUAUGUUUCAAAAUUCCUUUUAAGUGGAAUUUUAAAAAUUAAAAUGAAAUAAAAACGUUUAAAUUAAAUGUCUGGCGAAAACGAAACAGAAGGAUAAAAUGUAAUGAAGAUACAAUAAUACAAAUGUGAAAAAUAACAAAUUUAAGUAAAAAAAUUGUGUGUAUGCCAUCUGCAAACAAUGACAUGUUUUGAGAGAGAAAAGUCAUAAUAAAGCGAAAUAUUCAGGAUAUGGAUUUGCUCCGUUAAUGUUAAUCAUAAGUGUAGACACAAAAAUGUGGCGAUUUUUAUUGUAUACCUCCCAUAUACCCUUUACAAAAGCAAAGACUGAAUUCAUACUCUAAACGAUCGUUUUACUACUACGACAACAAUUCACAAUAUUGAGAAAUAAUGAAUUUAUUGAUCAGUAUUUAAAAACAUCUCAUUGAUUUCUAUAUGCGAUUUCGUAAGGAAACUAUAUCGCUUAAUAAUCACCAUUAUUAAAAAGGAAGUAUUUGCAAAACAAUAAUAAAACUUUGAGGAAGUUUUAUAUAUAUGCAUUUCUAAUAAAAUAUAUAAUAAUAAGCGUAUAAUUUUAAAUAUAUAUGUAUAUGUACAUAAGGAAUUACUUACAAAUAUGACAUCUAAUGAAACUACUUUCUAUAAACACAAAUCGAGCUCAGAACAUUGUAAUCUAAAAGGAUGUCAGAGGAAACGAAAGCCUUUAAUUGAUAUAGCUAUAAGAUUACUGCUUUACGGAUUUAAUUGGCUGAUAUUAUGGUCUGCAAUACUAGGAGUAGUAGUCGAGUGUAUAGCAGGACAACAUAUAAAUAAUAAAAAUCUUAAUUCUACACACACUCAAGUAUUUUCAUCCGGGGAAAUUGUGGCCCAAUUUACCCUCCCUCAGAUAUCUGUUGGACAUACUGAUGAACAAGCCGUAACUACGGCUGAUGGAUUGCCCGACUCCUCAACAAUUACUUCAAGUAUUGGAAAUUUUUCAACAACAACUUCUUCAGUUGGAUCUUCGUCUUCUUCAAAUGGUAGUUUACAAAAUUAUCUCACACAUUUAGCGUACGAUUAUAAACGUAAUGUUUUUUAUGCGGGCGCCACAAACAAAAUUUUACAGUUAAAUGAAAACCUAAGAGUAUUAUCUCAAGCUUUAACUGGUCCAAAAAACGAUUCUCCUCAGUGCCAUGCCAGCGGUUGCUCGGAUGAAGUUGAGACUUCGCUUGUAAAUAAUCACAAUAAAAUUCUGAUUGUUAGUUAUUCUCAAGGGGAUGGUAUAUUAAUAGCAUGUGGUAGUGUGCGACAGGGUGCCUGUGAUAUCUAUAAUUUAGCACGUUUUCCGAAAAAUUCGCGUUUUAUCGAUAUACCGUUAGCGGCUAAUGAUGAGUUUGCCUCGACUUAUGCCUUUGUUGGCCCUGCAAAGUAUUCCUGGAAAAAGGAAGACAUUUUGUAUGUCGGUACAACAUUUACUAAUGUUGGAGAUUAUAGACAUGAUGUGCCUGCAAUAUCGUCGAGACGUUUGGAAGAUUUGAAUUACGCUGAAUUUGAAAUCAAACAAUCGAUUAUAAAUAUAGAUGUUAAGUACAGAGAUCACUUCCUGGUCGAUUAUGUUUAUGGAUUUAAUUCAUCGGAGUUCGCUUAUUUCGCUAUAGUUCAAAAGCGUUCCCACUUAGCUGAAGAGGCAGGAUAUGUUACACGCUUAGCGCGAAUCUGUAUUACGGACUCCAACUAUGAUAGUUAUACAGAAAUAACUAUACAAUGUUUAGCAACCCACAAUAAAGUUGAUUAUAAUAUAUUACGAGAUGCUAAAAUAACUGAAGCUGGUCAAAAGUUGGCCCAACAAAUGGGAAUCAAAAAGGGUGAUCAUGUUUUAGUAGCCAUAUUUUCACCAUCUAGAGAAAUUACAAAUCAGCCUGAAGAUAAAUCUGCUAUGUGUAUUUACAGUCUAAAAGAAAUAGAGGAAGUAUUUAACGAAAAUAUUCAUCUAUGUUUUAAUGGUACAAUAAAGGACCGUAAUUUGGGUUAUAUAUCAGGUACCAUUGAUGAUGGCCGCUGUCCUAGGACUACUGGCAAUGUGUAUAACUUUUGUAAUGUUGGGCUUAAAAUAAGUGGUGUAUCUCCAAUUACUUCGAAUGCGUUAUUUCACUUUGAUAACGUUUCUAUAACAUCUGUAACAGCAACUACCACUGGACCACAUUCCUUAGCGUUUCUUGGCACGGACAAAGGAAAAAUAAAAAAAGUUUUAAUAUCUGGACAUCAUCCUGGAGAAUAUGAAGAAAUAAUGGUAGAUCCUGGAAACCAAAUAUUACAGGAUACUAUGAUGUCACCAAAAAAAGAUUUUCUAUAUGUACUAUCUAAACGCAAGAUUACCAAACUGCGUAUUGAACACUGUUCAGUUUAUACAAACUGUUCUUCAUGCCUUGAAUCACGUGAUCCAUUUUGUGGAUGGUGUUCUUUGGAAAAACGCUGUACUGUACGUUCUACAUGUCAAAAAGAUACUUCUGCUGCUCGCUGGUUGUCAUUAGGUAGUGGUCAGCAGUGCAUAGAUUUUGAGUCAAUAUUACCGGAUAAAAUACCUAUUACAGAAGUCUCGCAAGUACAACUAAUCAUUCGCACCCUCCCAGAACCUUUCAAUGGAAAGUAUCGUUGUGUCUUUGGCAAUUCUUCACCUAUAGAUGCAGAAGUACUUGAAAGUGGUCUAUCCUGUAUGACACCUCCAUUAUCCCAACGACCGCUUAUACCGCCAAAUUCUGAUCAUGUUUUAGUUCCAUUGUCUGUGCAUAGCUCGGAGACAAACAAAGAUUUUGUCACGCGUUCGUUUGCCUUUUUCGACUGUUCGCGACACAAUACAUGUCAAACAUGUGUUCACAGCGCUUGGGAUUGUAACUGGUGUAUAUAUGACAACAAAUGUGUGCACAAAAUGCAGCAAUGUAGGAAUUUGGAAAAUGUUAUUGUUAAAGAGUCUGAAUGUCCACAUUUGAAACACUCCAAAGAACCAAUUUUAAUGCCUGUACGAGUUCCAAAAGAAAUACGAUUUGAAAUUGAAAAUUUGCCGAAACCAAAAAGUGCACACUCUGGAUUUUUAUGCACUGUCCAAAUAGAAGCAGCUCAAAUGUUAUUACCGGCUCGUAUUGAAAACAACAGAAUUGUAGUUUGUGAAAAAACACCAUAUUUCUAUGAAACAAAUACAUAUGAAUAUCAAGCUAAAGUUGAUAUAACUUGGAAUCGCCAACAUUAUAUAGAUACAGCAAUUGUAACACUUUACAAAUGUGAUGUAUUGGGAUCACAUCGUGAACAUGCUGAUUGUAGUUUAUGUGUAACAAGAGAUCCAAAAUAUCAUUGUGCUUGGUGCGCAAAUACAUGUGUCUAUAACGAAACUUGUGCUGCAAUUACGGCACUAAACAAUGGUGUAGACUUAGACGUAUUAUCUUCAUCUUCGACACCAGUGCUUGCUCCAAAACAUAACUUUGAGUCAAAAUUUAAUGAAUGCCCUAAACCACGCAUAGAUAUGAUUAAACCUUUGUUUGGACCUAUUGAAGGCGGCACUCUGGUAACAAUUGAGGGUAGCAAUUUAGGGAUAAGAGAAGAAGAUGUAAAGGGCAAGAUAUCUAUUGGUUCUGUGCCUUGUGAAUUGGUCAAUUAUGAAAUUUCGGUAAAAAUUGAAUGUCGCACCGGUGCCGUCAGUCACGAGCUUACUGCACCAGUAAAAGUUUUUAAUGGCGCAGGUUUUACUGAGUCGAGUGUACAGUUCCAGUUUAAGGAUAUACAGUUAAAUGGUUUAACACCAACAGUGGGUCCCAAAUCCGGGGGAACUAAAAUUACUUUAAUGGGAAAAUAUUUAAAUAUUGGUUCUAAUAUACGUGCUUUUCUAGACAACUAUGAAUGCUUUAUUAAUAUGAUUCAGGCAUCAUCAUCACGCCUGACAUGCAUUACUUCGGAAUCAUCACAACCAGAACCAAUUAGAACGUUACACCUAAUGGUUGAUGGUGCUAAUCGCACAUACACCUGCCAAAUGCCUCAGCUUCAACAGAAUAUGCGGUCACUAUAUGAUCAACAAAUUUUGUUUCACAAUAACUAUCAUUACAAUUUACCUUCUCUAGCAAUGCCGUGUUCAAUAUAUAAUUACACUCAGGACCCCACCAUAAUGGAAAUUAAACCACUGCGAAGUUUUGCAAGCGGUGGUCGACUUUUAACAGUCCAUGGCAUGUUUCUGGAUUCAAUUCAAAAACCUGAACUAGAAGUUUAUUUUGAAAGCGAGCGAUUAAACAAAACUACUUGUGUGGUUAUAAAUUCAAGCCAAAUGGAAUGCCCAUCUCCAGCUGUAUCUCAAAAGUUUCUAGCAUAUAAAACUGCCUUAGACCAACAGGCAGAUAAUGCAGGCAAUAAUCAAGCUACUGCAUCAUCAGUUUCGUCGGGUUAUAAUUCUCUAAGAAAGCUAGAAAACCCAUAUAGCCGAGAUAUGGCCUAUAUUUAUAGUACAACUGGCAAUAUUUAUAAUAACAAUGAUGGUUUUUACCAAGCCCAGGAUGUGGCAGCUUUUGUAAAAAUACGUGAGACUCAGUUAAAUCUGCAACUGGGUUUCAAUAUGGAUGAUGUUCAAUGGGUGAAGGACUUAAAUAAAUACUUUCCGAGCCUAAGAAGUACCAUAGUGUAUGUACAAGAUCCGAAGUACUACCCUUUUAAUGAAAAUCCAAAACUUUACAAGGGCGAUACACUAGUAAUUGAGGGAGAAAUGUUAAAUGUUGCUGCAGAUGAAUCAGAUGUCAAAGUUACCAUAGGAACAACGCAAUGUAAUGUUACUAGUUUAACGCUUACCCAAUUGCUAUGUACCCCACCGGAAAAACAGCCAGCUCCUACAAAUGAAAAUGGUGUGGAGCAGCUAAACGAUUUACCGCUUGUUGUAGUAAACGUUGGACGCAAUAUGCGCUUCGUAAUAGGGCAUAUAAAGUAUGAUUUAAUGAAACCGUAUUCGUUUUCUCAUGCCAUGUGGGUUAUUAUCUGUACAGUUGUUGUUGUUGUUGUACUCUUAAUAAUUGUUCUAUUCAUAUAUCGGCGAAAGACAACACAGGCCGAAAGAGAAUAUAAACGCAUACAAAUUCAAAUGAUUACAUUGGAGAGUAACGUUCGUUCAGAAUGUAAGCAGGCAUUUGCGGAACUGCAAACUGACAUGACAGAUUUAACGGCCGAUUUGGAAACAUCUGGUAUACCCACCUUAGAUCAUAUAAAUUAUAUUAUGAAAGUAUUUUUCCCAGGUGUAACAGAUCAUCCUAUAUUGAAUUCUCCAAAGUUGCGUAUAAAUAGUCCACAGACUAAUUAUGACACUGCCAUGUUGCAAUUUGAGCAACUAAUUAGCAACAAAUAUUUUGUAUUAACAUUCAUAGAGACAUUGGAAGCUCAAAAAUCAUUUAACAUACGAGACAAGGUCAAUGUGGCAUCUCUUUUGAUGAUUGUACUGAUGAACAAAAUGGAAUAUGCUACAGAAAUUUUAAAAUGUUUACUACUUCGUUUAGUAGACAAAUCAGUGUGUAGUAAACAUCCACAAUUAAUGUUGCGUCGUACAGAAAGUGUGGUCGAAAAAAUGCUUACCAACUAUAUGGCCAUUUGUAUGUAUGAUUAUUUAAAGGAAUAUGCUGGGUCAAGCUUGUUUUUAUUGUUUAAAGCCAUUAAACAUCAAAUUGAAAAAGGGCUAGUUGAUGCCAUAACCCACGACGCCCGAUAUUCUUUAUCAGAGGAAAGACUUUUGCAUGAACAAAUACCCCAUUCAGUUGUUAUGCUACAUAUCGUACAAGAUGAUUUAGAUGAAAAGGUACAAUGCAAAGUUUUAGACUGGGAUACGAUAUCCCAAGUCAAAUGCAAAAUUUUAGAUGCCUUGUUUAAAAACACUCCCUUUUCAAUGAGGCCAUCAGUACAUGAAGUUGAUUUAGAAUGGCGUCACGGCCGAGGUGGUCAUUUGAUACUACAAGAUGAGGAUUUAACAACGAAAACUAUUAACUGUUGGAAACGUUUAAAUACAUUAGCACAUUAUGGCGUUAAAGAAUCGGCUGUUAUGAGUUUAGUUGCCAGACAAAAUGAUAGUUUUAAUAUUCCAUAUACAAAACAGCAACCUCAUCCAUACAACAAUUUUUAUUACAUCAAUAAUUCACAAUCCCAUAUUAUAAUGAACAACGAUAUCGAAUCCGGCCUGCAACAGCCACGUGUUUAUCAUUUAAUAAAACCAUUAUUGCCCGAUCAUUAUAUGAACAUGAAAAAUUCAGCUAUAUCAUCGGGUGGUAACAACACCAAUAAUUCUGGAUCAGUAUGUGCGACUACGGGUGAACGCACACACAAAACCAUACCUGAAGUUUAUUUGACACGGCUUUUGGCAGCUAAGGGCACUAUACAAAAAUUUGUUGAUGAUUUUUUUGCUACUAUAUUAACAGUUAAUGAAGAAUUGCCUCCUGCAGUAAAAUGGUUAUUUGACUUACUAGAUGAAGCUGCACGAAGACACGAUAUUUAUGACACUGAUAUAGUUCAUGCAUGGAAGUCAAACAGCUUGCCUUUAAGAUUUUGGGUUAAUUUUAUAAAAAAUCCUGAUUUUAUAUUUGAUGUAAAUAAAACAGUUACUGUCGAUGCCAGUUUGAGCGGAAUUGCCCAAGCGUUUAUGGAUGCUUGUUCAGUUACCGAACAUAGAUUGGGUAAAGAUUCACCAUCCAAUAAAUUAUUAUUUGCCAAGGAUAUUCCUCAAUACCGUAAAAUGGUUAAGCAAUUCUACAGAGAUGUUGCUAGACUGCCACAAAUUAGCGAUCAGGAAAUGAGUACUGCUAUGCAGCAAUUAUCCAUACAACAAAAUGACGAAUUCGAUACUGUAGCUGCUCUAAAAGAGCUUUAUAUAUACGUUACCAAAUAUAAUGAUCAGAUAAUAAAUGCCUUAGAAAAUGAUAUAAAUUGUAAAAAAAUGCAUCUGGGCUACAAAUUGGAAAAUGUUGCAUUCACUUUAGAAGGAGAAGAGACUUCUGCUUGCUGACACUCAUUUAGAUUGCAUGCAGUUUUCCAAAAAUAUAUUUAUAUUCAAAGUAAUGUUUUAAAUAUGUCUUUUAGAGCCACGUCAAAAGAAAAUUUUUUGCAAAGCUUUCUUAAAGAUGGUAAGUUAUGCAGUAAUAUCUUGUGAAUUAUAUUUUACACAACAUUUUUAUACCCGAACUUGCUGAUAUAUUUCUGUAUUUUUCCCUUAGAGUAAAUUAUAAAAUAUUCUUGAAGUCCUAAGAUCAAUUUAUGCGUAUUAUCAGAUACUUUUUGUUUUACCGCUGAAAUUUAAUAAAUUAUACUACUACAAGGCUAUAUUCAAAUUUGGAUGCAUAUUAAUUUACCAACAGAAAACACAAAAAAAAAACACAGCGCAAAGAAACCAAAUCGUACAUCCACAUAAACAUCUUUUUUCCAAUACACAGUGUUGUUGUUGCUUAUUUGUACAUACAGUGUAUCAUUGUUGCAUUUUAUCAAGUUUUUCAAGUAUUUUUCAAUUACGAAAUCAAUUAGACAAUUACGAAAUCAAUUAGACUUAAAGGAUAAUAAUGAGGCAAUUUCGAUAUAAAAAAUUAGUUUGGAUUUCUAGAACAAGUUUAAAUCAAUGAAAUAUAAUUAUGAGAUGUUUAAUCAAUAACAUUAAAAAAUAUAAAAUAGAAUAAUUGAUGAAAUUAUUAAUUAACACUAUUGUUCGUUUUGUCUACAAUGUUGAACGUAGGGAUCAUAUUUCCGGAUAUUUUGAAAAAUUUUUAAAAUGUAGUUUCUUUGAUUUCGUUAAACUUCGAUGUUUGACUAUUUUUCAUAAGAUAAUUAAAUCUGAGAGACCGCAACUCUUGUUUGAUAGAUUUAUUUUCAGUAGAUCAUCUAGGAGACCUCAAGUUAUGGUGCCUAGAAUUGUUAAUUCAUUCUAUGAAAGAUCUUUUUUAGUACGAAUUGCUCGCUGGUGGAAUUCAUUGCCGUUGGAACUGCGUAUUUUCUCUCACUCUAAUAAUGUGUUCCGGCUUAAACUUUUGAACCUAUUCAUGAGCAAUUAGGUGUCUUAGUCAAUAAAUAUUUUUUUUUUCCUUUACUUCACUGCUUUUCUUUUUAUAAUGAAAGAGGGUAUUGCAAGUAAAUCUAAAUAGGUCAGUAUUACUAUUAGUUUGGACCGUUAUUAUUUUUCUUUAAAUACUACUGCUUUUUAAUAUUUGUCCUUACUAUUAUUUGCAUUAAGUUUGGGGAACUCUUAAAAGAAUUAGUAAGUUGUAAUUCAAUUUUAUUUUUUAUUAUUUACAACACUUUGUAUUUUAUGUUAAGUUUAUAUACUUAGGUGUUAUGGCCUAGUAGUACGUAAGAUUGGCCUUAAAGGCUUUGUAUUACUUCAAUGAAUAAAUAAAAU